AUGCCGGACAACCGAACAAUUUUAGGCCCUCUUACAAACUCAUGGGAAUACCCUGACGCGUGCGGUAGUCUGUUGUAUUUGCCAGACUGCUCUGCUUGCACUGUGGCAUCGCAAGCUCAAAAGUGCAAUACUGCCUUUCCUACUACUAUCAACGACCGCGAGGAUUUCAAAUGCUGGCCUCCAGCAACGCCGCCGAAUGACUUUGUUCCCCCUGUCAGCGGUUGGGGUAUCUACAAACCUGCCACCAAAUGUCCCGAAGGCUUCACGGUCGCGUGCACGGCCGAAGGGACGACAAAAAGCGAUUUUGAGUUCCAGUUCAAAGUCAACGACGAUGAGUUUGUCAGAGGAUGCUGUCCAUCGCAUUACGAAUGUGCCAAGUAUGGAGAGGCACAAACGUGCAGGAGUAUUUUUUCUACGGGCAUUUUGAGUGUAAUCUCAUGCAAGUCGGGCAGUACUCUUCUUAGGAGCGUUGCGGCACCAACAAAAUUCACCACAGAAACGAGUUCUUACAUUACUGUACAUGCGCCCAUGUUUCAGCUGGCUGGACUAAAGCGACUCGAGCCAGUAUCAACAACGAGUGCACCGACGACAUCAACGGAAACCCCUGCAUCCCAUAUAGAGAUAGACUCCGGAGGAGGCUUGUCGACAGGGGCUCAAGUUGGUAUUGGUGUUGGAGUUGGUGUCAUUGGGCUUGGGAUUAUCGGUACAGCGUUUUACCUCUGGCGAAGAAGACGAAAAUCCAAAGCGCCAUCGAAACAUGGGCUGGAAUCAUCUCAAUUGGAUUCACGAGAGAUAAGACCACCAGGCGAAUUAGGAGGACCACCUUUGUCGCCUCCUCCCCAAUAUACCCCGAUUGAGCUUGAUGGGACUACGGCUAGGCAGGAGUUGCCGUAA